UUAAACAAACAAACAAAAAACUCCUUCUCUUUGGCACUGUAUAACCUGGAAACAAAGUUUGAAGAAGUUGGGUCUGAAAUAAAAAUGAAUCGUGUUCACAGAUCUGACUCUGGACAGUUCUAGAACAGUUCUAGAAUGGAACUGAAGGGAUCACAAUGAGACUGAAAUGGAACAAUUCCAUCCUGUGUGUCCCCUGAACUUCUGAGUCCCCACUCUUAAGUUCUGCUCAUGGGCAACAUAACCAAGAGAGGCAGCAGGGAGCUGGUCGCUGGCGGUGGGAAGGCCCUGGAAGAAGGGCCGGCUGCCACCCUCCACACCAUACUCCAUGAGGCCAUCCUGAGGGAGGACUGCGCGGCAAUCCAGGUGCUUCUGAGAAGCCACCCCGUCAACCAGCCCAUGACCAUUCUGGCCAACUCCACCAGCCACCGACUGCUUCUGAACCAGACGCAGUCCAUCCUCCCCAUUCACCUGGCCGCCGAACACCGCAAGGCACAAAGUUUGCUCUGUUUGUUGGAACAUGGCGCUGACCCGGAAGUCAGGGACACAAGAGGCCUCACCGCACUUCACCUGAUGCUACUGCACUGGCCAAUCACUUCUACCACAUGGACAAAACCAGGGAACAGAAUCCAAAGGAUCCUGACAGACAUUCAGAGCAAUGCUGUGAUAUGUCUCCGCAUUCUGUGCGAACACGGAGCUCAGGUGAACGCUCGAGUGGACAACAGCAACAAACCUUCACCCCUGCACCUGGCCAUCACCUACGGGACCUACCCAGUCCUCUCCAUCUUAGCCCAAAAUGGCGCCCAUGUCAACGCUGUUAACGAAUCCAGCAUGACACCCCUGCACAUGGCUGCCGACAUACUGAAUAAGGAGAUGAUGGAGACACUGAUCGCCUGUGGCGCCCACGUGAACUGCGCCGUGUCCUCCACGGGGAGCACGGCUCUCAAGCUGGCGGUGUGCACCGCAUCGAGCAAAGCAGGCAGGCUGCUGGCCGCGGGGGUGGGCUGCAUCCGUCUGCUGCUAAUUCACGGAGCCAGAGUAAAUGCCCAGGACCACGAAGGUCAAACAGCUAUCCAUGAGGCAUGCUUUGGAGGCAGAGAGGCCAUCAUCAACCUCCUGCUCGAAUUUGAAGCAAACGUUAACAUAUUAACGAGAAACGGGGAGUCUCCAAUAUACAUGUACCUCCAGCGCAGCUCCAACAUAAGGGACACAGGGCUCCUCGCCAGGCUCCUCUACCGCUCCUACCCUCUGAGACUGACCAAUAACCAAGGAAUUCUACCUGCAGGAAUCAUGCUACCAGAAUUCCGCCUCUUAAGGGAAACCCUAAUAAAGUUAGCUCAAAAACCCUUAUCCCUAGAGGACAUCUGUAAAAGACACAUCAGAAACAUUUACGGUGACAAAUACAAACAACACUUUAAGCAACUUCUCCCAGUGAAGAUCUGGAACUCUCUAUAUGGUUAUUAUGACUUAGCUUACCUCUUGAAAUAGGACCUCAAAGUUUCACCAGCCACAGAAUUUCAGUAACUCACACUCCAUUCUCUGGCUAGACUUGUACCCAGAAAACACUCAACUCAUCACCGUGUACCUCCCAGAUGUACAAACGGGUUCUUAAACUUUUUUUCAAAAAAUAAAAUGAUUUGCACAUUAACUUUUUGUUCCCAAAUAUUCCUUUAAAGGCAUUUUCCACAAUCUACUUUCUUUGUUCAGAAAGUAAGCAAAUUAAAACUCUUCUGCCAAA